GACUCAGUGGACUUGACGCAGGUUUGUGUUGCCCCUCCUUGAGCUGAGCAUCGUGUGUUCCUCUGGUGUGACGAGACAGCUACCCUGGUGCAGAGGGAGCGGAGAGGCUCGGACACGGGCCGGGGAUGGCUUCGCUCGGCGUGGGGCUGCAUCUCAUCCGCAAGAGGGGAGCAGGCAGGACCGCCGCGGUGGAGAGGAGGAAUCUUCUCACGGUGUGCAGGUUUUCAGUGAAGACUCUACUGGACCGCUCCUGUUUUGAGACAAUAGAUGACACAUCUCCAGACUUUGUUAACUUUGUUUCCAUCCUGGAGCACAUUCUCAGUCAUCGACUCAAAGGUCAGACCACUUGGUUUGGCUAUGAGAGUCCUCGGAGUUUCUGGGAUUACAUAAAAACCGCCUGCAGUAAAGUCCCUCAUAAUUGCAUCCGAAGCAUUGAGAGCAUGGAGAAUGUCCGAGCAUCCAGAGCUAAAGGCAGGGCAUGGAUCAGAGUGGUCCUGAUGGAGAAAAGAUUAUCAGAAUACAUCUCAUCUGCACUGAGGGACUUCAAAACCACCAGGAGGUUUUAUGAGGACGGAGCGAUCAUGCUGGGAGAGGAGGCGGGGCUGUUGGCAGACACACUCAUCGGACUCAACACCAUUGACUUCAGCUUCUGUCUGAAAGGAGAGGGUCUGGACGGUAGCUGCCCCGCUGUGAUCGACUACACACCUUACCUCAAGUUCAUUCAGAAUGCAGACAGCAUCAGCAGCGACGAGGAGGAGAUGAGGACUAUGGGGAGCAGCGGCAGUGAGAGCAGCAGCCCCGACAAAAUGGCCACCGCUGCCUCCAUCUUCACCGAGCAGAGCAACUUGGUCAGCAAGUGCAAACGCUUUGAGCAGAAGUACCGAGUGGCGUUGGAGCAGAAGGGUUACCUGGAAGAGCUGGUCCGUCUACGAGAAGCCCAGCUGUCAGAGGCUGUGUCUAAUAACAAAGCUCUUCAGCAGAGCCUAGCAGACACACACCUCUCCCACACACUGGAGAAAGAACAGCUUGAGUACAUCAUACUGGAACUACAGGACCAACUGACGGUGAUGAAGAACAAUGAUUUGCGGUCCAGACAAGAGUUGACAGCCCAUCUGACCAAUCAGUGGCCAUCUCCCGUCGCCUUGGAUGCCAAUGCCGUUGCCUUGGACACACUGCUGUACAGGAAGAGCAUGGGACAGUGGGAGGAGAAGAGUUUCCAGAGUCUGGAGCAGCUGUCUGCAGACAUGAGUCUCUCCCAGACGUCUCUUGGACCGUCAAACACACUGAGUGUGGAGGCCAGGCCGACUGGCACACACUGGCCCCACCAAGGUAAAGAGGAGACUCCGUCUCUAAGAGGUCUGUGUGGCUCCCUGACCUCAGUCGCCAGCUACAAGUCUUUGGCCAGCCUGAAGUCCAGCGAGUGCUUGGCCAGUCCUGCAACAGAGAUCAGCAGCCCAGGCUUCACUCCUUCAUAGGGAACGGAGAGCUAAAAAAAAGCAGAUCUCCACCAGGACCAGACAAUCCAGGAACUUUCUUAAUGUAGGUUAUAUUGAUUUGUAGACUUGUAUGUUCUGUAUAUUGAGCCCAGAGCUUUAACAGAUAGAAGUCAGGUUUGCAAGUUGAGGAUCUAGUGUUGCAUGUUCUUAAAACUCAAGAGCAGCUCCAUCAGAUCGAAUGUCUUGUUAAUGAACCAUUCAGCUGUUACUUCACAAGUAUGUUAUAAAUUAUUUUGUUUUGUUGGGAUUUUUAUUUGUGGAGCAUCUGUUUUUUUUUCUUUUAUAGGAAAUAAAUUAAAAUGAUAGACAGCUGAUGUAAGAAUUGAAAAUGAUUUACCAGGAGAUGACAGCAUGCUGAAAAUACAGAUCAGAGUUCUGAGAAAACACAAAAUACUGAAAGCCUCGAUCGUUGUUUCGUCUCGUCACUACGAAUUAUUUCCUGCAGUUGACAGGGUCUUUCAUUAUCUUGUGCUGUUACUGCUGCCACUGAAUGUAUGUCAUUGUUUUUUUAAUCUAGUAGUCUUUUUGAUUUAUGAUGAAUGCACCUCCACUUUUAUCAGCAAAAUUUUGCAUAAUGCCGUCUUACAUUGUAUUCUUAUGUGUAAAUGUUCUUGCACUUUUCUGUUUUUAUUUUAUUUGAUUAGUGUUAUGUUGUCAAUGUCAUGCAUAAUGCAGUGUCACAUGGUUUUGUUCUCAGGUAAUGAUCCCUGCGAUUAAUAUUCCCCCUUCACUUCUGAGUUUAUUUUAAAGUUCAGCUUUUAUCAGA